GAGAGAUGGCGCGAAACAGCAGAUUUAGUCAUUUAUUACAGAAUGGAUUUGGAAGUUCCGAUGAUGUCGCCACACUUCUCGUCCCCUGAUUUGAUCUUUCCGACAGAAAAACAAAACCCUAAUUCCUUUAUCAUCUUCACCCAAUUAUGGCUCUUGUUGACUGCAAACGUUGUCAACAUCUGAUCAAACCAAAAAUCAACACAGUAUGAUCUUUCAGGGGGAGAAUUUUUUUUAAAAUGGGGGUACCUGAAUUGGAACAUUUUUCAUGCUGGCCAUGAGCAAUGUGACUGGGAACGAAGGUUACAUAAUGGGAUGGGUCAUUGAAGAGGGAAAGGGAAAGAAAGCACAAAGUGCUCAAAUGUAUACUGUGACAUUUGCUCAUAGCAUAAAAGAUAGCAUAAAAGAUAAUCAAGGAAAAAAUUCAAAUCCUGAGGUGUUUUAUGGAAGUGGAAGCAGUAGUGAUUCAGAGAGGCAAAUAGAUGUAAUCGAUAGAGGUGAAAGUGGUGAGAAUGCCAGUGGCUCUAAAAGCAUAUCGGCCUCAACUAGAAGGUCAAGUUCUUCCUCUUUGUCAGUUUCAUCGUCGGAACCGGAUGCUUUCUUUGGAAUGGAUGCAUUGACUUUCACCGCUUCUGAUGCAUCUGAACUUAUAUCAAAAUCUGGGAAAACUUUUGUUUCUAGUAGUGAGAGCUCUGCCAAAUCUGAAACUGACAACAGCCAUCGAGUUCCCCCGUCGACAGGUCAACUUUACAAUCUGUCCUACAACCAAAAGGGUAUGUCACCAACGGCAAGCCCCCCUAUGCAAGUGAUGGAUCGAUCUGGCGGAUAUCCUUCUAGGAUUCCAUCUUCAGUCUUUGAAAUAACUACUAAUGCAUCGGAAUGGAGUGUUGCUUCUAAUGAAUCAUUAUUUAGCAUUCAUUUAGGGCGCAAUAGUUUCCCAAGAGAUAAUCCCUUCUUGAUUGAUGAGUUGGUUAUGCCUGAGGAAUUGACCAAAUCUGGUGAGCUGAAUGUGUUUAACCAAACCCCACCAGUUAUAGUAGAAGAGAUAGACACUGCCAGAAUAGAAGAUGACAGAGAGAACCUCCAAUCAACAGGAACAUCAGAUGAAGAUUCCAAGUCAGAGCGAAAACUCAGCAAUGACGGGAACGAAAUAAAAACUUUACAUCAAGCUGCAAUUUACAAGUCGUCCAAGUCCGAUUUGUCAGAAUUUACUAUUGGGAGUGGAUCCAGUGUGCCCUCUUUUGUUCCAUUAAAAAAGCGCUCACGGUCAGCGUGCUGCUGUUCUAAUCAUAGCUGUGCGCACUGCUGCUAUAAAUGUCCAGGCUGCAAGUGUUUUUCGUGUGGCUGGGCGUUCUGCUGCUGUUGGAACUAUCGCUGUACAAGUUGCUGUGGCUCCUCUGUUUUUAUGAAGACAGAUAUUCCUCGACAUCAAUCAUUUAAACAAGAUUCAGAAACGACUAGCAAUGCAUGUUCCAGUUGUUGCACUUGUUUCCAAUCUAAACAAGUGACUUCUAAAUCAUCAUGUGCCAAUUGUUGCAACUGGUUCCAUUGCUUUUCUUGUCCUUCUUGUCCUUCUUGUUCGUGGAAGACUUCUUGUCCUUCUUGUUCGUGGAAGACUUCUUGUGCAUGUAAGCCUUCUUGUACAUGGAAGCUUUCUUGUCCAAGAUGCGAAUGUUGCUGUUAAGGGACUGAGUUUUACAGAAUUGAGAUGUCUCAUUUGUUUUUAGUUGCUACCUUCUUUAGGCACUUAGGUUUGAUUAGAUGCCCAUGUACAUGUCUUGGCUAAACCAUUUUAACUUCAUAUCUCGUGGUACUCCUAAAAUUUAAAAAAAUUAAAUUAAGAUGAAGAAUUUUUACGGUUUUCUUUGUAUUUCAAUAUUGUUUAAUUAUUUAUUCCUAAAA